AUGGUCGUCUACUACCAGAUCGCCGGCAAGCAGGUCGGCUCCCACGUUCUCGCCAUGGGCGUUCUCGGUGCUCUCUUCGGCGGUGUUGGUCUCGCUACUCGUGGUGGUAGCCAGCCCAAGCCUGCCACCCCUCCCAUCCAGGCUUCUUCCAAGGAUGAGGAGACCUUCAUUCAGACUUUGAAGGAUAUGGUUGGAAUUUUUGAACUCAAGCUAAUGUUUAUAACAGGGACUUCUUGA